AUGGCUCAGCGAGCACUUCGUCCAAACUUGCCGUUCCACGCACCCCUGCAGACGCGCGCGCGCGCAAGAAUCUCUUCGUUACAACUUGCCCAGUCGACAGCAACCCCGGCAUGCGUGUGGCUACCAGUGCAUGCUGAUUGCAGUCCGCGUCAGUCAGGGACUGUCGAUAAUCUCGUUCGAGUCUCGAGUCUCGGCUCAUCUAUCGUUGUCGUUGGACCUGCCAACCUGACCUGUCUGACAAACAGUGGAUGCAGCCGGUACUCGAAGCCGGCAUCAAACUGCAAAAUGAUCCUAGGAUGCCCAAUGCGCUAG